CAGCAGACGUGUAGGUAGUUCUUUUGGGAUUUAGCGUAGGCUAUCUAAUACUCAAGAAGCAGCAGAUUAUUUCAAACAUUAUAGGCUUAUUUCAAAUCUAACGCUCCAAAAAGACUCAUGUCGAGCCUCACGAAUGAAUUUCUGAUAAAAGACAUUCGAUCCGGUUUGAAAAAUAUAAACGUUGUGUUCAUAGUGUUGGAAAUCAACAGGGUGAGCAAGACCAAGGAUGGCCAUGAGAUUCGUUCCUGUAAGGUUGCAGACAGAAGCGGCUGCAUCACCAUCUCAGUUUGGGACGAGGCUGGAGUCUUCAUUCAACCUGGGGACAUCCUCCGUCUCACCAAAGGUUAUGCCUCCCUGUGGAAGGGUUGCCUUACGCUAUACACGGGCAGAAGCGGAGAGCUCCAGAGGAUUGGGGACUUUUGCAUGGUGUUUUCAGAGGUGCCAAAUUUCAGUGACCCAAACCCUGAGGUGCAAGCACAAUUAAAUCAGAUAAACAAGCCAGUCAAGCAAGACCAGCUGUCCAUCCCUCAAAACGGCCAGACUACAGGAGGCCCAGGAAAUCCUCCACCUCAAAUGGCUACAAGACCUUCAGCUUCUUACUCCUCCAAUGUUUCAUCCCAUCACCUGCGUGAUCCUCGGGAUCUGCCUUAUGGUACAGGGAGGCAGGAUCGUCCUCACCGCGUGCCCCUGAACAGGAACCCUCUGUGCAACAUAAGGGACGGUAGGGAUAGAACCUCUGGCAUGAGGGGUAGCAUCCGGGACCCAAGACAGGCCUUCACACGGAUGUAAGACGUUGGUGUUCCUAUUUGCACAUCCAUAUUGCUGGAUGGGUGUAGACCUGGUAAUAAAUUGGCUUACUUAA